UUAUUUAACGAUAAAACCAAAUAAACAGUUAAGCUAAAGCUUUACGUGUACUUGGACUGAAUGUGUCGUCUGCGCAUGUGUUUGUUUUGCGAACGUAAAUGAGCGUUAGACUGCGUUUUGGCUGUGGAGCUCUUCUUUCCUACUUGACCAUAAACGCCCCGUAAGUCAACGCGGUUCCGUCACUCCGCUCAGGCCUGUGAUUGGCUAACAAAGCGAUCCUCGGGGUUUCGAUUGGUUGCGAAACGAAGCCGUGAAACGGGAAGCUGAAACCGAGCCGACCAGCGAAGCUUCAUCCGUGGUUCUCCGUCCUCCGAGCCCAGAAACCCGCACACGCCCGCUCCGCCGCCCGAGGCCGCGAUGGGGUGCUUCUUCUCCAAGAAAUCCAAAAGAAAGUCGCCGGAAAAAGAGGAACGGGCACCGACGACAACCACCGUCGAAACUACGACGACGAGCAACGCGGUUCCCCUUGGCAACAACGCGGAGGAGGCACCGAAGCAGUACAGCUGGGACCGGAGGGAGAAGGUGGACCCUAAGGACUACAUGCUGACCGGCCUCAAAGAUGUGACGGUGGGCCGUCUGCCUGGCAAACUGAACGGCCAACAGUUCGUCAUCCAGGAGUGCGAGAACUGCAACAUCUACGUGUUCGACCACUCGGCGACCAUCACCAUCGAUGACUGUGUCAACUGCCGCAUCGUUCUGGGACCUGUCAAAGGCAGCGUGUUUUUCAGGGACUGCAAAGACAUCAAGUGCGUGGUGGCCUGUCAGCAGUUUCGCACACGGGACUGUAAAAAGAUGGAGGUGUUCUUGUGCUGCGCCACCCAGCCCAUCAUCGAGUCAUCCACGGGAAUGAAAUUCGGCUGCUUCCAGUACUACUACCCCGACCUGGCCUUCCACUUUAAGGAUGCUGGGCUGAGCAUCUUCAACAACAACUGGAGCAACAUCCACGACUUCACGCCCGUGUCCGGGGAGAACAACUGGGGCCUGCUGCCAGAGGAUUCGGCAGUUCUGGAUUUUGUUCCGGUGCCGGAUCCCGAGUCUGAGUUCAAGUCGGUUCGGGUCUUGGGCGACCCCGAGCGAAGCAUCGUGCCUCUGACAAAAGGCGGGAGGCGCAAGGACAGCGAGGAGUCCUGCCUCUUUGUCUUCUUCGCUGGAGAGUACACCACCGCAAACGCCCGCAAGCUGAUUGAUGAGGCGACCGCAAAAGGCUUCGUGCUGAUCCAGACCAAAGAAGUCUCGAUGCGGCCUGAAGAUGUGAAGAGAGUGUUUCAGAAUAAUGCAGAUGAUCUCACUGAGUGGAUCACCAAAGGUCCCGUCAUUGCCCUCGAGCUGAAUGGUGACGGAGUCGUUGAAGCCUGCAAGAACAUCACCAGUGAAGUGUUCAGCGGGACCAAGGUUUUUGUGUCUGAGAACAAAAACACGUCAUCUCGAGACGUCGACAACUUCUUCAACUUUGCUGACAUGCAGAUGGGCUUGUAGAUGGUUUGAGCUGAUUCCACCCUCGACGCCAUCCAGCUCAGACCGAACUUAUCGAUUUGCCUCGUUUUGUACUGAAAAAAUAAGAGCGGCUAAAAUGUAAAGAAAUGUCUGAUAAAGUCUGUGAUAGAAAGACGGGGCUCGCCCUUUAGCCGCUCAGUGCUGUGAAUAUUGAUGCUCUUAUGAAUGUAUCUGGUAAUCAUGUUGCUUCAUCGCACUGUGAAUGUAGCUCCAUGCUGUAAACGUUUCAUUUUUAUUUAAAGCUUUGCUGAAUGAGUGAAAUAGGCCUACUGGAAAAAUAUGAGCACAAGGAUGUCUGAGGGAGUGUUUUAUAUGAAAAAUCCCAUUUUUAUUUCCGAUGAGGAUUUAUUUGUGUGUGUGGUUUAGAUAACGGUCUCUGCUCUCUUUAAAUGUGCAUAUUUGGAACAUGCUGUGUAUCUGAUGAUAAUCGUUAGGCCAAAGCUGGACUGUGAGAGCGAUCGAUCAAUCGAUCAAAUGUGUGAACAGUGGCUGUGUUUCUGAUGUAAGCACCUCGUAAUCAUUUUUUUUAAAAAUUUGUAAUAACUGUUUUAUACAUGAUGUUUUUGUAUAGAAACAAAUUAAUAGUUUAAAUCCUGAUAUCUGGUCAAAGAUCAAUUAUCUGUUACGUCCUUUUGUACUCCAAGAAUUAAAUGACUGAAAGAUAAAGCUGCAUGAAAAUGAGUUUCAGGCCGAGCCGACAAAAAAAAACGAUGAUCUGGAUACGAGAGACGAGUCAGCAGCACGAACUCUGUGGUCAACUUUUACACAAACAGGGCGUAAUGUCAGAAAGAAGAAGGGAAGCUCUCAGCUUCCUCUUUGGAAGUUCAGCACGAAAAGCUUCUAAAGAUCACUUUAAAGCCUUCAGAGGUCAUGAUCAGCUCUCACUCAGUAGGUGUUUAACAGGAAGAUCGCUCACGUGCUCCCUUCCUCGCCGACUCCAGCCUUUUGUACUUGUGCACGCAGUUUCUGUCGUUUGUUGUUUCUACACUUAAAUGUCUUUAUAAAGUCCCAUUAAAGGCUGAAGGAUC